AUGGUGCUGAUUAAGUGUGGAAUAUUUUUAUUGUGCCGUGUUGAGUUCUCUGUGGCUCAAAUUCAGCCUCUUGAUUCAGCCAAUGAUUAUUUUUAUGAAGGGGAAGCUUUAGUGCAGUUUGCAAACCCCAGCCAGGAAGAUGUGUUUAGGGAACACCAAAAGUUUUCUGUCCUUUGUGGUAUGGAUGCAAUGAAGGUGGUUUUGCCUUCAGGUUUAGACUCUGAAGUUACAGUGGUGGGAUCAAUGGGAAUAUUCCCACUCCUUGAGGAUUUGGAAUUCUGUGGCUAUUUGUGGACCAAGGAGCAGCAAGAAAAUGUCCUUCACGUUAGUUUCUCUGGCUGCCAUGUCACCACUGAAGAGGGCAGGUAUACUCUGAAGGUGUUGUAUAACAACAAUCGGGACCCUGCUGAGGUUGCUACAGUUUCCUGUGACACCAGCUGUGGCCUUGCUGCCUCCCAAAGCCAUCGUUUUCGACGCUCUAAUCAGCCUUUUAAAUUUACUUUGUGCUCAACUGAAGUGUGUCUGCCCUCUGAUACUCCAUGUCGUGAGACAUGCUUUGAUAGCAAGGGCUCCCCCUUUUCUGUGCAUGCUUAUAAGCGCUACCCAGAAGGCAUAGGAAAGGCACUCUACCGCGAGCAGUUCGACUUCAACGCCGAGCCACCUUGGGAUCCUAGCUGA